AGCAAAAAUACAGAUUUAUUAUUAAUGAGGAAAGUAAAAUAUGAUUAAUUGUUUAAUUUAAAGAUCACAAUUACUGUGUGAAGUUACAGCCACGCGAAAUGUCACACAUUACAUCCAAGAACCAAGCUGAAAAAGGAAGUUCCAUGCCUGCCCAGCCUCCACCUCCCUCUAUAGCCGUCAACGAGGUGCACACUGUCCCUGGCUGCUUCACAGAGUAUGAGUGGUCAUGUAUUUUAUCUCGGGAGGAGGGCGAGGAGAUUGUGGCAGAUAUCCUGGAUGAACUCAUGAACUGUGUGAUGGAAAAGUGUUAUAAAUUGCACUUUAAGAAACAGCUAAUACCGUUCUGCAUGGACUGGGCAAGGAAUUCCAUGAUCCAGGUAAUAAAGUUGCAGUACCUAAGUCGUGAUGAAGGGGAUAGUGCAGACACCAUCUCAGCUUUGCGGGAGGAUACAGAACCUUCACCUUCAACUAUAGAUGCUUGGGCUGAAGGCUGUGUGCCAGUUAUAAGAGUCUUAAACUUUUCACAGGAGGUUACGUCUGAUAAACCAGAAGCAAACGUUAAAGAUCUACAACAAAAGCAGAAAUCCCAGCCAAAGAAGAAUACAGUGGGGAAAAAACGAAGUGGCAGGACUGUAAAACUAAUACCAGCUUCUCAUGCAAAGUUGGAACUGGAAAGAAAACCACAUCCACCCCAGAGCCCUUCACCAGGCGGGAUAAAGUUUACACCAAAAUAUAUCACAGUACCAGACAUACUGACUAAAUAGAAGCACAUUAAUUUCUAA